AUGGGUGCAGCUUAUGCACCAUCGUAUGCCAUCAUUUAUAUGGAUUCCUUUGAAAGAAAAUUUAUUUACUCAACUGACUUUUUUAAGAAAAAUGUGGUUUUGUAUAAGCGAUUUAUAGAUGAUUUAAUUUUCAUCUGUAAGGGGGAUAUAUCUGAAUUUUUGGAUUGUUUUGAGAUGUUGAACAACAAUGAACAUAAGUUACAGUUUUCAUAUGAGGUCAAUAGAAGUGAAAUCAAUUUUCUUGAUUUGACUUUAUUUGAAAAAGAAAAUAAAAUUCAAUUUAGACCAUAUAGAAAACAAACAUCAGUAAAUAUGUUUUUACAUGCUACCAGCAUGCACCCCCCACAUCUAAUAAAUGCUUUACCACAAGGUGAGUUCAAAAGAAUUCGGGAUCAUACUAGUAUGCAUGAGGAGAUGGAUAAGGAGUUAAAUUCAGUACUUUUGAGAUUACUGGAAAGGGGGUAUGACUAUGACCAUCUACUGUGGUGUCGAGAUGGUAGAACUGAUGAGAACUUUGGAACCUAUGGCAGAGUCCAUGAAGCAUUUGCUGAGCGAUGGCGAUGUAAUGUGGCCGUGAAAAUAAUUUCCAAGAAGAACUCCCCAGAGGUGUAUGUGAGAAAAUUUCUGCCUAGGGAACUCCAGGCAAUGAAAACCCUCAAACAUAAAAAUAUAACCAGUCUCUACCAGGUCAUUGAAACUACAAGUUACAUAUACAUUGCAGAAGAACUAGCGAGUGGAGGAGAUGUAGCAGGAUGGGUUAGUGACCAUGGUGCUUGCAGUGAAGAACAGACAGAUCUGAAGUUGGAUAACCUACUGAUUGAUAUUGAUGGAAAUAUUAAAAUAGCAGACUUUGGGUUUGCCAGGCCCAUAGAAAACCAGAAUCUCAGUAGAACAUUCUGUGGAACACGCUCAUAUAUGCCUCCUGAAGUUCUUCUUCGAGAAAGCUACAAUUUCCAUAUGAAGAUGAUAACAUGGGAGUGUUUGUCAGAAAAAUUCAGAAAGGGGUCCACUUCCCACCACAGUAACACAUCCCACAAGACUGCAAGAGAUCUGAAGUUGGAUAACCUACUAACUGAUAUUGAUGGAAAUAUUAAAAUAGCAGAUUUUGGGUUUGCCAGGCCCAUAGAAAACCAGAAUCUCGGUAGAACAUUCUGUGGAACACGCUCGUAUAUGCCUCCUGAAGUUCUUCUUCGAGAAAGGUACAAUCCCUUUCUUUUUGACAUGUGGAGUUUAGGGACCAUCCUCUAUAUCUUAGUCACUGGCCAAUUUCCAUAUGAAGAUGAUAACAUGGGAGUGUUUGUCAGAAACAUUCAGAAAGGGGUCCACUUCCCACCACAGAAACACAUGUGUUUAUGA